CUCACUUGACCCUCCCUCCACUAUACCUACCUAGUUACAGUUUCUGUUCUUAGCUUCAAGCUCCAACAGCUUCUAGCUCAUGUCAAGUUAGGGAAACGAGAAAAUUGUUGACCAAUUCCACGUUUGAGCUCACAUAUCACGCUUUUGUAGCACAAUUGCUAUGAGAGGCUCUGUUCUGAGAUUGAACAGACUACUUACAACAAUCUCCAGCUCACCUGUUGCAAGGGUUCUUCCUCUUGCAAACCCCAAAAGGUUCUGCUCUUCUUGUCAUUCAACAAAAGGCUCCUCACUCAAGAUGGCCGACAAUGGUGCUUGGGGCGCCUGGCAGGUUGAGUCUUCAACCUUCACAAAGGCAGUAGUUGCAGCUAUGCAGAAGCUAUACCCCGAGGAAAUCGCAGACAAAAGCUGGGACAACGUUGGGCUCUUGGUAGGAAACUCAGAAAAUGAUGCAAAGAAGACAAAGAAGGUCUUGGUGACCAAUGACCUGACCUACCAAGUCGCCGUUGAUGCUAUUGAGCAGGACGUUAGUGUCAUUAUCAGCUAUCAUCCCUUUAUAUUCGGAGGCCUCAAGUCCAUCACCAACAAAGAUCCUCAGCAAGCUACGCUUCUACGCCUUGCCAAGGCUGGUAUUGCUGUCUACUGCCCUCACACUGCAGUCGAUGCCGCUCCAGAAGGACUCAACACAUGGCUGGCAGAUAUCGUUUCUGGCCCUCACCAAAGCCAACGCUCUGUCGCGAUCUCCUGUAGCUCUGCUCCCUCUAGUCACUCUGGCGCAGGCUAUGGAGCCAUCGGCCACUUCGACAAUGCUGUUUCUCUCUCCGAGAUCAUUCUUCGUCUGGCUGAGAAGCUCGGUGGCCUCAAGCAUGUCAUGGUAGCAAGCCCUGUUGGCGCUGAUGUCAAGACUACCAAGAUUAGCAGCUUUGGUGUUUGCGCUGGUAGCGGAUACGAUGUGCUCAAGAAGGCUGAGGUUGAUCUUUUGGUGACUGGCGAGACCAGUCAUCACUCAGCUUUGAGAGCUAUUCAACAGGGACAAACACUUGUCCAAGUCUUCCACAGCAAUUCUGAAAGAGGAUAUCUUCAGGAAGUGCUUAGGCCCAAGUUGGAGGCUGCCAUCAAGGAGAAUGUUCCUGAGGUGGAGGUUGUUGUGAGCAAGUACGACAAGGAUCCUUUUACUAUCUUGGAUGUCAAUAAUCUCAAAUAGUUGAAAUACGAUUGAAGAGUUGAGAAAAUCCCCGAUAAAUUAUGUCAACUUUCGUAUGUGACUCCUGUAUUAGUGAUCUGUGUUUU